GGGCACCCUGUCUUUUAGGAUGUAGUAUGUUGUAUAAGGGCCCUGGACUGGAUGGCAGCUGAGAAGAGAAUCACCCAGGCUCCCGGGACACCUUCAUGCAGUUUCAGGAUAUUCUGGGAUACCUCCCUGGGGACCCGAGUGUAUAGUCCCCCAGAGUGGAUCCGCUACCAUCGCUACCAUGGCAGGUCGGCCGCCGUCUGGUCUCUGGGGAUCCUGCUGUAUGAUAUGGUCUGUGGAGAUAUUCCUUUUGAGCAUGAUGAAGAGAUCAUCAGGGGCCAAGUUUUCUUCAGGCAGAGGGUCUCUUCAGAGUGUCAGCAUCUCAUUAGAUGGUGCUUGGCCCUGAGACCGUCAGAUCGGCCAUCCUUCGAAGAGAUCCAGAACCAUCCCUGGAUGCAAGAUGUCCUCCUGCCCCAGGAAACAGCCGAGAUCCAUCUGCACAGCCUGUCGCCAGGGCCCAGCAAAUAGCUUUUCUGGCAGGUCUUCCCCUCCCCCUCAGAUGCUCGAGGGAGGGGAAGCUUCUGUUUCCAGCUUCCCAGAGUACCAGUGACACUUCUCGCCAAGCAGGACAGUGCUUGAUAACAGGAACAACAUUUACAACUCAUUCCAGACCCCAGGCCCCCUGGAGGUUGCCUCCCAACAGUGGGGGAAGAGACUCCUCUCCAGGCGUCCUAGGCCUCCACUCCUCCCGUAGAUGCUCUCUCCUAUUCAAAGAGGUCCGGCUUGGCUG